CCGGUUACACAAUGCACAACGAAAGUCUACAUAAGAUGACUACAUCGUUCGCUGCGUUUAGUUGGAUUGGUGACCUGGUGCAUUGCAACACCGACGGACACCGCAGUUCGCGUGCAAAAUUACCUCCGCCUUCAUCUCUGUAUUCAUCUCUGUACUGAUCUCAACAAUGGGGAGAGAAAUUAUAUCACUACAUAUUGGUCAAGCCGGAGCCCAAAUCGGCAAUGCUUGUUGGGAGCUCUACUGCUUGGAGCAUGACAUUACUCCAGAAGGAUGCCUAGUUCAUCCCCAAGACUGCGUCUCCGACUCUACGUUGCAAGCUGAAUCACAGCAGACGCCCACAGUCAUGAAUCAACUAGUUCACUCCCGCUCUGGCUCUACCAACACGUUUUUCCAUGAUACCGGUCACGGCAAGUACGUUCCUCGAGCACUGUUCUUGGAUUUGGAACCGACGGUUGUCGAUCAGAUACGAACGGGUCGAUACCGAAGUCUGUAUCAUCCCGACCUAUUGGUGACCGGCAAGGAGGACGCUGCGAAUAACUUUGCCCGAGGAUAUUACACCCUGGGACGGAAAACGGUAGACUUGGCCUUGGAAAAAAUCAGAAAAUUGGCCGAUCAGUGUGAUGGGCUACAAGGUUUUCUCGUAUUCAAUUCGUUUGGAGGCGGUACGGGGUCCGGGUUCGGUGCCCUGCUCGCUGAACGUCUUUCCCGCGAAUACGAAAAGAAAACGAAGCUUCAGUUCUGCGUCUACCCGGCUCCGAGACUAAGCACGGCGGUUGUAGAGCCGUACAACACGGUGCUUACGACCCACUCGACACUCGAACACUACAGCUGUUCGUUUCUCGUCGACAACGAAGCGUUGUACAAUAUCUGUAGCCGGAAUCUCGAUGUAGAGCGGCCAACGUACACUGAUAUGAACAGACUGGUGGCACAGGUGGUCUCGUCUGUGACAGCUUCUUUGCGUUUCGACGGCAUGCUCAAUGUCGAUAUGUGUGAGUUUCAAACAAAUUUGGUGCCGUACCCUCGUAUCCACUUCCCUCUUCUGUCCUAUUCUCCCAUACUGUCUCACGAGAAGGCGUACCACGAGUCGCUUUCUGUGGCUCAGAUGACACGUGACUGCUUUCAGCCAAGCGUCGGUCGGAUGAUGGAGUGUGAGGGAAGGCGAGGAAAGUAUAUGGCGUGCUGCGCUCUCUACCGCGGAGAUGUUACGCCUGCAGAAGUCACUGCAGCGUUUAGUACAGUCAAGAGAGAUAGAAACGUCCAGUUUGUCGACUGGUGCCCGACAGGAUUUAAGGUUGGAAUCAACAGCCAGCCGCCAGUCACGGUAGCGGGUGGCUCAAUGGCUCGAGUUCCUCGUUCCCUUUGCAUGAUGUCGAACACGACUGCUAUAGCUGAAGCCUGGUCACGAAUCGACCACAAAUUCGACAUGCUGUGCUUCAAACGCGCUUUCGUGCACUGGUAUGUGGGAGAGGGAAUGGAGGAAGGGGAGUUUACCGAAGCCAGAGAAGACCUGGCAGCUCUAGAAAAGGACUACGAAGAAGUUGCACAAGACAGUUGCCUCAACAAGGAAGACGACGACAAUGAAUACUGAGUAUGCAACUAGCUAUAUUAGUCUACACUGUCUGUUUCAUCUUUAUUACGUCUAUUCGUCUGCUGUUAGUGGUUGGUACACAUUUCUGCACGUGUAGUAAAACCGUACAGCACUGGAGUAUAGCCUUUAGAUACAAAUUCAUACAGUACAGUUUUACGAUAGAUAUGGCACUUGAAUCUGUCGAAAAACGUGUAUACGGAUACGUGCAAUGGUUGUUUAGCGCCAAACUGUCAA